AACUUUUUUGUUAAUUUAUAGGGGUCCCAGAAGAUGCUUCAGUGAUGACAGACCCCUCAGAGUGAAAGUUAGGAAUGAAAUUCAUUAACUAGCAUCUCCCUCUUCACCCUGAUCUGUAAUAGACUUUCUGCAGCCCUUGGAAGAGAGGGUCAGGGGAGAAGGGCUGAAGGUCACCAUGAAGCUGAAGCAGCGAGUGGUGUUGCUGGCCAUCCUUGUUGUCAUCUUCAUUUUCACAAAGGUAUUCCUCAUUGACAACUUGGACACCUCAGCUGCAAACCGCGAGGACCAGCGUGCCUUUCACCGCAUGAUGGCAAGCCUGCGUGUAGAACUGGACCCCCGGCUUGACCAUACACUGCAGUCCCCUUGGGAGAUUGCAGCUCAGUGGGUGGUGCCCCGGGAAGUGUAUCCUGAGGAGACGCCGGAGCUGGGGGCUGUUAUGCAUGCCAUGGCUACCAAGAAAAUAAUAAAAGCGGAUGUGGGAUACAAGGGGACCCAGCUGAAAGCGUUGCUGAUACUCGAAGGAGGACAGAAAGUGGUUUUCAAACCCAAGAGAUAUGCCAGAGACUAUGUGGUAGAAGGAGAACCAUAUGCUGGGUAUGACAGACACAACGCAGAGGUAGCAGCCUUUCACUUGGACAGAAUUCUGGGGUUCCGACGAGCUCCGCUGGUGGUUGGCCGGUUUGUGAAUCUCCGUACAGAGAUCAAACCCAUUGCCACAGAGCAGCUGCUAAGUACUUUCUUGACACUGGGUAAUAACACUUGUUUCUAUGGGAAGUGUUACUAUUGUCGGGAAACAGAACCAGCGUGUGCAGAGGGGGACAUCAUGGAGGGAUCAGUCACUCUGUGGCUACCUGAUGUCUGGCCUCUUCAGAAGCACCGGCACCCUUGGGGCAGAACUUAUCGUGAAGGAAAACUGGCCAGGUGGGAGUAUGAUGAAAGCUACUGCGAUGCUGUGAAGAAGACCUCACCCUAUGAUGCUGGCCCCCGCCUCCUCGACAUCAUUGACACUUCCAUCUUUGACUAUUUGAUUGGGAAUGCUGACCGACAUCACUAUGAAAGCUUCCAAGAUGAUGAAGGGGCCAGUAUGCUCAUUCUUCUGGAUAAUGCCAAAAGUUUUGGAAACCCGUCCCUGGAUGAAAGAAGUAUCUUAGCUCCUCUUUAUCAGUGCUGCAUCAUCCGGGUUUCCACCUGGAACAGGCUAAACUACCUGAAGAACGGAGUAUUGAAGUCUGCCUUAAAAACUGCCAUGUCUCAUGACCCUAUCUCACCAGUGCUGUCUGACCCUCACCUGGAUGCCCUGGACCAGCGGCUCUUGAGCAUCCUAGCUACAGUGAAGCAGUGCACAGACCAGUUUGGGCCAGAUGUUGUACUGGUAGAAGACAGGAUGACUCUAUCUCAUUUGUAAUUUUAAUGGGAAACAGAUGAAACUCCUUUUUAAAACAUGAAUGAUAGAAAAACAGCACAAUCAGUUCUGAAUGGUCGUGGCCAGGAUGGACUGGAAAUGAAUGGAACAGCUUCUGAGCCAGAGAUAAAAGGUGAUGGGGAUGUUUUUAUCUUGAGCUGGCAGCAUUGAAAGAAGGUAGAAAGUUUGGGAGCCUUCGGACAGCUGGGUAUCUGAAGUGGCAGUUUGGUCGUUUAUGGAGUGUCUGUUGCCACAAGUGGAUGUUGCACUGGGAAAAUACAGUUCCUGGUGUUAAUGGAAGAGUGGAGUACAGAGAUGAAUACAUGGACUGGUACUGUAGGGAAUAACGGAGGUGAACAAUUACAGUUCUCUUCCCCUUCAUUUCCCUGCCACCCACUUCCAGUAUGCUCCUAUGAGGUUCUAGUCUGAUUCAGGGUUGUAUAUAAUCAGCUACGAGCUGGUUAGAUAUUUUACUACUACUUUUAAAAAAAGAGGAAGUGGUAAAUAAAAUAAUUAUUAAACUGAAUGCUUGCACUCCCUCCUGGGGUGGAACAUUCUUAUGAACACCUUUUAGGGGUGGGAGAAGAUGCAUCUAGAGCUCAGCUAUCCCUUCAUUACUUACAUGCUGGGAAGAGGGGCCUGCUUCACCUGUGGUGAUAAUUCAGUGUUGCCAUUGGAGUCCUAGUGAAGUCACCCAUGAGGCUGAAAGAUGAAGGAGGGGAUAGGAUUGUUUUACAGCACAUGCUUACAAGUUAAUGCAAGUUCCCAGAGGAAAUUGCUACCUGGACCAACUGCUACUUUCUGUUUUAUAAGGACUAUAGCAAGGUCUGCACAGAGAAAAUAUCCGCAUCAUCUUCAUCCACAUCAACCAAAUUUCUCCUUGAUUUGGAGCUGAGAAGCAGGAUAAAAUCCACUCAGGAACAGGUUCCAUGUAGCUAAUUUAUCCCCCUUGACAUAGGCCCUGUAAACAGGGAUAGCUGCCUGAAUCAUUCAAACAAGGAAAAGGCUCCUCACCGAACUUCUCAAAUAACCAGCAGUUGCAAACAAGGGUCUUAAAGAGAAGAGAGCAUUGGUUGGCGGCCUCUGCUCACUGUUCAUGUAUCUCGUGAAGGACUAAGUCCUUCUCACUCAGAACAGUGAUUACAGUUUUCGGUGCUGCUGGUUUUACAGAUGGCUGGACAUCUGCUUGUCAGUCCUUCCUUCUAUCUGGCCCUUCAUGUGGCUGGGUUCUUAAACUAUGAGCAACAUUAGUCAGCUUUCUUCUAUUUUCUGUUCCCUGGUGGGGUUGUCUUGGAAAUCCCACCUGGUACCAGUUUGAGAUAAAUUUAUGUAAGAGAAACCUGACACUAAUGAAUAAUGGGGCCUGCCGUAAGAUUGACAAGUUCUGCUCAGGUUUUGCUGUGUAGCUGUCUGUGUACCUCAUUCUUGACUUGUUAUACACUUACACUAGUAUUGGGUCAGCCUUCAGUAGAGUAUAAAAGCCACUAACGUAGGGCCACAAAGUUCAUCUCAGUUGGGAUAAACCAAGGAUUUAAAUGCAGGGCUUGAAAAGGAAAAGAAGAUUUUGCAGUCUGCUCUUACUGGCCUUGCAUCAGUUUGUGAGUAUGAGAAAAUAGCACAAAACCUCUCUAAAUCUUCCCCUUAAUAGCAGGGCUGAACUGAAAUCCCUUUGCAUGCACUGUUUUACUGGACACGAGAAAAAGAACAGCAAGUUGGCCUCCAUUGCACUGCCUUUCCCAGCCUUCUACAGUGUAAAUGCAUUUGCUCAUUUGAAUCUGGGGUUGUCUCAGUCUCUGCGCUGGUGUGGCUGGUAGAUGAAGAAAUUUUCCUUUCCACAGCAGGGUGGUGUGUUCCUGGAGUACAACAAGGUAGAAAUAAAAACAGGUUAGUGUUAUAGCUGAACAUGCCUGUUGACAUAGUACAGGACUUUGAAAAUGCAACUGGUGUUAUUCAAAGAUGGGGUUGUCUAGACAAAGUGUCAUGAAAGGGGAAUUGCUGUAAUAAUGUCAACACUGACUUUCCACCUGAAUGUGAGUGCAGUCCUGUUUCAGUUCCCCUUUGGACAACAAUCCAUACCACAGGCCUUUUGCCCAAAAUUAGGCAUGGGACUGGAAUAGUAAUGUAUGAGACUGGUGAGGGCUGAAGUGCACUAACAGUUGUGGUUUUGUAUAGUUGUUUUCAGCCAUUUGCUGGGCUUUAAACUAGUGCCUGUCUAUUCCAGUUUCACAAGCAGUGAAUCCACUUAUUAAAGGCCAACUUUGUUUGCUCAGUGAGUUCUCUCCUGACAACGAGCAGAUUGGUCCUCUGGCUUCCAUUAGCACAGAACUGUUUGAGUGGACUAAGUUAUUGUACGUGUGGGUGGCCAGUGCUUGAGGAAGAAACUACUUCCAUCGCUACUGAGUUAAUAUAGUAUGCUGCAUACAGUCUGAUUUCAGUUAGUCUGCUAUAUGGACUGUAGUACUGCUUGGCAUCAGUAACAGUGGCAGAAUAGGCCCCAAAGUGACAAACAAGUCAUUCUAAAGAAAAUCAAAGUAAUUGUGUGGUGUAUUGACAUAAAAUGCUCCCAACAAAACUAACUUCAGCAAGGAGGGGAGAAGGAAGGGAAAAUAUUGGCACCUAAAGCCUGUUUUUCCCCUGUUCUGUUUUGGAGCAUAAACUCUGAACUCUGACAUGUCAGGAGGAGUCUAUGUUGGAUGGGAUUAGGAUUUUGAUUUGCAAUUUCUUAUUAGCGUUUGGGUUUUCAUUCAAAAAUAUGAUCUUGCAAUGAAGUGAAAUUAGUGUGAGGAUCUUGUUGUUGCCUUGUUCACUAGCUUCCAUCUUCUUGAAGUAAGUUCAGAUGUACCCCUUUCUCUGCAUGGUGACCAUCAAAGACAAAGCACUGUAAAAGAGACUACUUGCAGUAGGACCUCAGGCAGCAGAAAGAAACUUUGUUCUUCUCUACUUGAAACCAGAUUUGUUGCUUUAUGGAUCAGUUUUGAGGCCAGUGUUGGAUUCAGUCAUUUUAGUAAUGAGAGUUCUUUUUUCCUCCAGCAAAACAGCUUAUCAAAUGUUGGUCCCAACUAGUAAGCCAUCCUAGAGCAGAAACGAUGUCAUUGCUAUGCCAACAGGGUCAGUCUUGCCCCUCAUUUGUGGGCAGGUGCUAGGCUCUGUCAUUGAGAUUUUUAUUAAAUCCUUUCAUUGCAUUUGGUCUCGGUCUUACAGGUGCACAUACAAUAAAUGACUGGCCUCUACUGUUAAAAGGUGGUUGUUUUGGGGAUGUUAUUAAUGGGCUGAGGGCUGAGGCGCAGAAAUCAAGAACCAAUUUAAAAGUGCCAUCAGCCUGCUGCUGUUUAUCUCCUGCCUCCUGAGUCAGCAGUCAGCAUGGAGGGAGCACUGAAACCUGCUCUUCUGUGGGCAUCUAAUGAACUGGAGUAUGCAUCUUGCCAAGCAAACUUCAACUGAAAACUAAUAAUUUAUUAAGAAGGUAAAUUAUUUGCUGUGGCAGCUGGAGCGAAACGCUUGAAACAAGCACCUCUUUCGGAACUGCCAGAGGACUGCCCUUGGGAGCAGCUGCACAAAUUGAGGUUGUUAAGGAGAAAAUAAAACACAAUUGUGACUUUCUACUUGUGUGCCCAGGGUCAGACUCUGCAUUGUGUGAAUAAAGAUUUUAAUAAAGCAACGCUCCUGGAUUGUU